AUGACUGAGAGUAAUAUAAUCGAUGAAGGGGCUUCUCAUUUACAAGAGCCAUUAUCUAAAAGACAAAAAUAUCACGACACUCCAAAAAAGACUUUAAUUAUUAAUGCCUUUUUGAUGGGUUCCGCUGGUAAUCAAACUAUCAAUUCCUGGAGGAACGAAGAUGACAAGUCUUCAGAUCUAUUCGAGGACCCCAGCUACUGGACAGAUCUUGCAAAAUUGCUAGAAAAAGGGAAAUUUAAUGCCGUUUUCUUUGCUGAUGUCCUAGGACCAUAUGAUGUCUUUAAAGGCCCUGGAAAUUUAGAACCAGUGGCUAUUGCUGGAUCUCAAUUUCCUGUAUCUGAUCCAAGUUAUUUUAUACCAUUAAUGGCGUCAGUAACAAAAAAUUUAGCUUUUGGGUUAACGAUUUCAACUAUAAGCGAACAACCUUAUCACCUUGCGAGAAGAUUAGGUACCCUUGAUUUAAUUACGAAUGGGCGUGUUGGAUGGAACAUCGUGACUUCAUAUUUACAAAGUGCCUCAAGAAACUUACUUGGUGCUGAUUUGCCUUCAAAUUCAGAAAGAUAUGAAAGGGCAGAAGAGUUUGUUGACGUCGUGUACAAGCUAUUUUUAAGUUCAUGGAGAGAUGGUGCUGUGUUAAAGAACAAACAGUUAGGAGUUUUUACUGAUCCCAAAGGUUUGAGACAUAUCAAUCAUAAAGGAAAACACUUCACAGUGCCGGGUCCUUCUUUCACCCAACCAAGUCAGCAAAAGCUACCGGUGAUCAUUCAAGCAGGUGCUUCUCCAAAGGGUAAGGAACUUGCUGCAAGAAAUGCUGAGGUAAUUUUCUUCUCUCAUUUGACUAAGGAAGCUUUGAAAGCUGCCGUAGAAGAUGUUAAGACGAUAGCAAAAACCAAAUUCAAUCGUGAUGUCAGUAAGAUUAAGUUCCUUUGCUUAGCAACGGUGAUUAUAGGUAAAACACACGAAGAAGCUUGGGAAAAGUAUGAGGAAAAAAAGAAACUUGCCGACAAUGACGACGCUGCAGCCGCUAUGUUUUCUGGUUGGACCGGUGUAGAUUUGAGCGUUUAUGGAGAGGACGAUGUCCUCGAUUCUAAAGAACAUCAUGCUAUAGCCUCUAACAUUAAGAAGUUUAAAGACGCUGACCCCUCAGUCAAAAAGUGGACCAAACGUGCAAUAAUUGAUAAGAUUAAAGUGUCUGGAAGUGGUGUAAUAUUUGUAGGUACAGCUGAAGAGGUCGCAGAUGCAAUCGAAGAUUGGGUAACUCAUUCUGAUAUUGAUGGUUUUAACUUCACUGCAACCUCAAUACCAACAAGCUUUGAAGAAAUCAUAAAUGAAUUACUCCCGGUUUUAAGGAAACGUGGAUUAAUUCAACAAGACUAUCCAACUAGCCCGAACGGACAUUUGACAUUCCGGGAGCAGUUGUUUGGGUCAAAAUUUUUGGACCCUACCCAUACAGCUUAUAAUCUCAGAUGGCAUGAAAACGAAUCUAAAGAAGAGUAUGAGUCCAGAAUAGCUGAAAGUGUAAAAUGA